UGGAAUGUUAAUCCAGACGAACUGGCAAAACAUGUGAAUGAAAAAAUACUUCCAAAACUAUGCUUUGAUCCAUCACCAACUAUAUGCGUGAGAACAGCUAGAAAGUGGCUAAAAAUAUUUGGGUUUGAGUACUUAGAAGUUGCUUUUCCUAACCUUCCAUCAGAAGCAUGUGUCAUAACUUACCCAAGUAAAGAUGGUGAUGGAUGGUGGAAUUCAGAUGAUCUUGUGGAUCAG